AUGUUAUCAAGCUCACAAAAAUCCCAAGUUUAUAAACGAACUUCUUAUCUGACUGAAUCAGUCUCUAUUCCCAAUUCAGCCAGACCUUAGUCAUCUUACGUAAACACAUUGGAAAAGAAAGAACUUAGAAGGUACAUUUAAUUCUUAUUAGAUAUCCUACUGAAUGGGCUGAAUAAGUUGAUAAUAAAACUGACAAUAGGUUUCANCUCACAACUAAGGUAGAUAAGAUUUUUUAUAAUGGAUAAAUGAAUUAACUGAAUGUGAUUAUCCUAAGGUUGAGGUAAUAUUUAAAUUUUAAAUUAGUUAUUAUCUGAUGGGAUUGGUUAUUGUUAAAUAAUAGAUGCAUUACAUCCAGGAGCCAUAUAUCUUUCAAAAUUAAAUUUUAUGGCUAGAUUUCCAGAUGAAUACACUAAGAAUUUAAAAGUAGAUUGUAAUAUUUAAUAGAGGUUCUUGAUGAUGCAUUUUCUAAACUUAAAAUUGAUAAAGUUGUUCCAAUUGAUAAAUUAAGUAAAUGCAAAUUUUAAGAUAAUAUGACAUUUUUAUAGUGGAUGUAUAAUUAUGCUUCUAAAGUUAAUCCAUUUGUUAAAAAUUAUCGUGGUUAUUAAAGAAGAUUAGAAGCUUUUGAAAAAUAACAUCAUGGUCGUUAUACACAAAUGAGUGCUCAUCUGAUUCCAAAUACUGAAUUUUUAAAAUUUAAAUAGACAGAUAUUGAUGGCAGAACAUUUUUAAAAGUUGAAUCUACAAAAGCUUAAUAAGCUGAAGAAGCAAUCAAAGAAUUAGAAAUUGAUAUCAAAAACAAAAUGGAUUAUAAUUGGAAAUUAAUAUAUGCUUUAGAUGAUCUUUAAUAUUAAAGAGAUGUAUUAUAUGGAUUAUUAACAAAAAUUGAUUAAUGUGUUUAAAAAAGUAAUGAUCCUGCAGCUAUUAAAAUGCAUAAUGUCAUAAUGGAAGAACCUAUAGAUUUUUCUGAAAAAUGA